ACACACACACACACACACACACACACACACACACACACACACACACUUUUUUUUCUACUGGCAAAUACUUAAAUACCUGAAAAUUGUCUCUUACUUUAACGUGCCUAUUCUGAAAAUAUUCACAUUUACUCAUAAAUAACGAAUAGUGUGAGUGCAAUGUUAUAAAAAUUAAGAAGCUAAAUUAACAACAUUAAUAUAACAUUUUUCCAAAAGGAUCUUCACAGAGCUUUAAAAGUGAUAUCAAUUUGAUGUGGUCACAAUAAACUUAGAUCUGAUGUUAAACUGCUCUAGAAUCUGGUGACGUGUUUAAAUUCGGGGUGGGGAUAAAUCUGCUCCCCACAUGUGAGUGAACAUCAGGAAGGGGAUAUUUGUAUGUUUCCUGUUAACAGUGCAUUCCUUAGUUGGGCCAUUGUUACAUCUGACUGAGAAAUACAGCAAACACAUUUAAAAAACACUGAAAGCAUGAAGGGAAGAUUGAUCUGGAAUAGAAUGAGUGGGUUGCCUGCAGUUCACAUCCUGUGAGUGUUUUUGUGGGUGUAGGGGUGUAGCGAAGGUUUCCGUUCAGAUCCAGCAAGUGGACUUCAGCCUGCUGCACUACAAUGAGUGGACAUGAGAAGUCGCGGAAAUCUUGGAUCGAGGAAACCUUCUUCAAAAGAGAGUGUGUGAAGUUUAUCCGUUCUUCUUGGGACCUGCACAGAUGCAUUCCAGUAUGUCAAGUGUGCCAAACUCUGAUCAGAUGUUGCUGUGGCCGCCUGAUGGGGGAGCACUCCUGGCAAGAGUCAACUCUUCCAUUAUCCCUCUGUCCUGGUCCGGAACAGGGCAUGGAAGAGAAGUGGUCUAUGAUGGUCCAUACUAAGGCCAGCCCCACCGAUGCUUACGGGAUCAUUGACUUUCAAGAUACCGCCACACGCGUCUGUCGGGCCAAGUACAUUCGUGUGGCUGUGGACUCCAGACCAGAGGCGCUGCUUCAACUGAUGCUGAGGGAAUGGCAGAUGGAGAGACCCAAAUUACUGCUGACGGUCCAGGGAGGCUCAGAAAACUUUGUCUUACCCCCAAAGGUUAAGCAGGCCUUUAGCAAGGGGCUAAUCAAUGCUGCCCUCAGCACAGGGGCAUGGAUACUAACUGAUGGCAUCAAUACAGGUGUGUCCAAGUAUGUAGGUGAUGCAGUAAAAACAUUUGGAGGCCAUGAUCUGAGGAAGAGAAAUACAAUUGGCAUCACACCAUGGGGAAUGAUUGACAACAACAUGGACCUCAUAGGGAGAGAUGUAUUCAGACCCUACCAGCCUCUGGGGAAUCCUCUGAGCAAAAGGGCCUGUCUUAAUGGUUUCCACUCCCACUUUCUAUUGGUGGAUGAUGGGACGCUGGGAAAACAUGGCUGUCAGGAAGGUCUCAGAAGAAAACUGGAGAAACACAUCCAGCUACAGAAGGUCCAUCCACGUUUGAAACAGGGAGUCCCUGUGGUGUGUGUGGUGGUAGAAGGAGGUCCUGCCAUUGUGUCUACAGUGUUGGACUACAUUAGGAGUGCCCCCCCUGUGCCAGUGUUUGUGUUUGAGGGAUCAGGCAAGGCUGCAGACCUGCUCGCUUUCUUACACAAGCAGACUGCUAAUAACAGAGAGUUGGAUGAAGACAUUAAAGAAGACUUCCUUGUUAGAAUUGGAGAUGUGUUUGGCAUUGAAAGGGCUGAAGCCACAGACCUUUUCACCCUCCUCCAGCAGUGUAUGGAUCACAGACAGUCUAUAACCAUCUUUGACCCUGAGUCAGAAGACCUGAUAGCUCCAGAUGCAGCCAUUUUGACUUCUACUCUUAAAGGAACCAAGGCCAGUCCAGCAGAGCAGCUGAGUAUGACUCUGGCUUGGGAUCGAGCUGACAUCGCACAGAAGGAAAUCCUGGUGUACGGACAGCACUGGCAGGUGGGAUCCUUGGAACAAGCCAUGGUGGAUUCUCUGGUGAUGGACCGUGUCAGUUUUGUUAAACUGCUGAUUGACAACGGCAUGACAAUGAGUCGCUUCCUCACCGUGGAUCGCCUGGAGGAGCUCUACAAUACUAAACAGGGUCAGACUCAGCAGUUCUUGCACCACCUUGUUGAAGAUGCGAAACAGACCUCUCUUCCUGUAGGUUACCGCCUCUCUCUCAUUGACAUGGGCCUCGUGAUUGAAUACCUCAUAGGGGGAGCAUAUCGAAGCACUUACACACGGAAAAACUUUAGAGCUGCCUACAGCCGCAUGCAGGAUAAGGACCAGAGACGGAGCAGCCUGAGUUCUUUUACUAAACAAAGAUUGGGACUGGGCACGAAGAAAGCUAGAAGUCUCCAAGACCUACAAUUCUUUAGAACUGCUCAACCCUACAAAUCUAAGGAGUCAAGUUUGCCAUCUGAGAAAAGCCAUAGGACAGACAUUAUUCCUGGCCUCAGUGCUCCGCUGCCCUGUCCUUUCAACUUCAAUGACCUUUUUGUGUGGGCUGUGCUUCAACAACGCCAGCAGAUGGCGGUCUUCUUAUGGCAAUAUGGAGAAGAAGCACUGGCACGUGCUGUUGUGGCCUGCAAACUUUACCGCUCCAUGGCCUUCCAGGCCCGCCAGAGCAACAUGGAUGACAACUUAGCAGAACGUUUCAAGGCGUUUUCACUUGAGUUUGGUCAGCUAGCGGUGGACGUGUUGGAUUGUGCGUUUCAGCAGAAUGAGCAAAUGGCCAUGAAACUGUUAACCUCAGAGAUGGAGGCAUGGAGCCACUUCACCUGUCUGCAGCUGGCUGUCUCCUCAUGCCACCGACCGUUUGUCUCACACUCCUGCACUCAGACACUGCUCACCGACCUCUGGACCGGUCCACUCAACAUGAGAAAAAACUCUUUUUUGAAGAUCAUUUUGAGCCUUCUUCUUCCUCCGGCCAUCUUGUUACUGGAGUUUAAAAGCAGAGCUGAAAUGUGCCACGUACCACAGAGCCAUGAGGCCAUGCUGUUUGGACUUGAGUCUGUCAAGUCUCAACCAGCCACCGAGGGGUCCGAUCGCACGGAUGCAGAGCGAGGCCUCUCGUUCCAGAACAAAUGCCGCGGUCCUGGUUCAGAGACGGUGCCCACUGUAUCUGCGCAGUGGCUGUUCUGGAUCAGAACAAUCUAUGAGUUUUACUCAGCUCCAGUUGUCAAGUUCUGGUUUCAUACAGUGUCCUACUUGGCCUUUCUGAUGUUGUUCUCUUUUGUGGUCCUGGUGAAGAUGGAGGCUCAGCCCAGAGUUGAGGAGUGGAUGGUCAUUGUUUACAUUGGAUCCACAGCUGUGGAGAAAACCAGAGAGGUGGUGAUGUCUGAGCCCAGGAAGCUGAGCCAGAAGCUGAAGAUUUGGUUCUCCGAAUACUGGAAUGCAUCAGACUUUGUGGCCAUUGUUCUUUUUGUGGUUGGAUUUGUGAUGCGUUGGUUUGCUGAUCCCUACCGGACAGCGGGACGCAUCGCUUACUGUCUGGACAUCAUCUUCUGGUUCGUCAGAGUGUUGGAUCUUCUGGCUGUCAACAAGCAUGCAGGUCCUUACCUCACCAUCAUCACUAAGAUGACCAGUAACAUGUUCUUCAUCGUGGUGAUGAUGAUGAUUGUUCUGCUGAGUUUCGGAGUGUCCAGAAAAGCCAUCUUGUCCCCAGAUGAGGAGCCAUCGUGGAGCUUAGCUCGAGAUAUAGUCUUCCAGCCUUACUGGAUGAUUUUUGGAGAGGUUUAUGCUGGAGAAAUAGAUGCCUGUGAUGAGGAUGGUUCAUGCCCUCCUGCAUCUUUUCUCACACCAUUUCUGCAGGCAGUCUAUAUGUUCUUCCAGUACAUCAUCAUGGUCAACAUUCUUAUUGCAUUUUUCAACAACAUCUACUUUGACAUGGCUUCAACGUCCAACAAGCUGUGGCGGUACAACCGUUAUCAUUACAUUAUGACAUAUCUGGAGCGGCCAUGGCUGCCUCCUCCCCUGAUUCUUUUCAGCCACAUGGCUCUGACUGUCCGAGGCAUCUUUAGGAGAUUCAGACAAGAUGCUGAGCGGGAAGAGAGAGGUUCAGGCCUCAAGCUCUAUCUGGGCCACGAGGAUCGGAAGACGCUAUACGAGUUUGAGGAGAAAUGUGUUGAGGUUUACUUUCAUGAGAAGACUGAAGAUGCCAAUAGCAGCCAGCUGAGCAGAAUCAGAGCCACAGCUGAGAGAGCAGAAGAGAUGUGUGCAAUGGUGGUGGAGGUUUCAGAGAAGGUGAAUUUUAUUCAGCUCAACUUGUCUGAACUAGACGGUCAGCUGGGUCAGCUCCAGGACCUGUCAGCGCUGGCUGUGGACACCCUGGCUCUGCUCUCUGCCUCGGACAGCCUUCAUCACAAAGAGGCACGGCUUGCCAGGGCAUCUCGGCACACCCUCCCUCGUAGCUGGACCCUCCCUCACAGGAGCGGGUCGGACUCCGAUGGGGCUAACAUGCAGAGGAGGAUGGUCAAAGCUUGUAAAAGUACCCCACCUUCUUUGCUAAAGGGCUCCACUCUGAUGGGGUGCAAGGAGUGCCAUGCAGGAGUGAAAGAGAGCAAGCAGGGAAAUUAUGGACACUCUGAGGCUGAGACUUCCAAAGAGGAUUUCCAGCCCACUGAUCUUGAACAUCCUAGUGAGAACUGGUUGGGAGGCUCAAGAACUAUGGCACAUACCUCCUUCUCUCCGUUCUACGGAGGUGGGGUUCAUUUUGCUGCCGUGAGGAAUCCGACGUCUUUCGAUUCUAGUGAAUCGUCUCGUUGUGGAUCUCCUCUUUCUCCCAGAAGCUUGGGGUCACCACAUAAACCCUGGACAUGUGACUCGAACUUGUAUCCAAAUCAGGAGGAAUCUUCUGUGGAAGAAGAAGAAGGAGAUGAUGAAACUGAAGAGAAGGAGAAAGAAAUAACUCAGAAACAGCAGUCAAACAUAGAAGAUGAAAGCCAGCAAAGUUUUCAGUCCAGACACUCCAGCCACUGGAGAAGACUUGCGUUUCCCCCCAGGUGGGCGUUGAGGUCCAGAGACCGCCCCUUUGGUUUCUGUCGCUCGCUGUCAUCCAGCAUGGAGAACGUCACUUUCUCUGGAGCGCCUCUCAGUCCAAAUAGAAAAUCAUUUCCAUCACUUAAUGAAACCAUAAAUGAGUGUUUAUCGGGAAGGAGGGGCUUCAGGGAUGACACAUCUCUGCAGUGCAGCAGGAGUCAAGAGUGGGACAAGUCCUCUGAUUUCACUCCAGUCUUGGAAAGCAAAGGAAAAAUCCACAACAGGAAGAUGGUGAAAAUAAUGGAGAGCACUCCAGAUACAACAGCCAUGUCAUGGAGGAAACGCCAGAGGUUUAUUGGAGAACCUACAUGCUGGUCAGCUUCAACCAGCCUCAGUCAGCUCAAUUUUGAUCCCACAGAUUUGAUACCAAAACAGAUGUUUUCUCAUCAGGAUAUUUGGAGCCCCACUCAUUCUGCCUGGAACAGCUGGGCCAAAUCCAUGAGCCGCAGGUCCUCCCUACAGAGCUGUGCUGUACCUGAAGCCAAGAGCUCCUCGUUCCAGUCCACGGACAACUUUUACCCCCACUUUUCAGCCAUGGAGAGAAACAAUCUGAUGAGACUGGCUCAUACCAUUCCCUUCCCUCCUGUUUCUGUGUUUGGAGGUGAAGAAGUGAGCGUUUAUUCUUUAGAGGAAGCACCUUCUGUCUCCGCUGACCCUGAAUCCAGAUCCGUCGCGUCCUGGUCUUCCCGAGGUUACUCCGCCAUGCUGCAGCCCCUUCCCAGUGAGGAGGGUUCUCUAGACGGGGGCAUCCGGCAGGGCUGCAGGAUGCUCUGCACCUGGGCAGAACAGGACGUGCUAAAGCCCGGGGUGGUAUAUAUAGUUAAGGCCUUUAAACCAGAGGUGGUUCGUGCUUGGCAGAAGUACUUUCACGGCAGCGCUGCGCUGCAGCUUUGUUUAAGGGAGAUCCAGCAGCAGAGAGCAGCACAGAAGAUGAUGCAAGUUUUUAACCAGAUCAAACCUGAUGAUCUGCACCACUCACCAAGAUUUCUGGAUGUGUCGCUGGUUCUCUGGCAUUCUAAUGGUCAGUGGCUGACUAUAGAGAGAAACUUGACAGGAGACUUCAGGAAGUACAAUAACAACACAGGAGAGGAGAUCACCCCCUGCUGUUCACUGGAGGACUUGCUGCUUGCAUUCUCCCACUGGACCUAUGAGUACUCGUGCAAAGAGCUGAUGGUGCUUGAUAUGCAAGGAGUAGGAGAGGAGCUGACGGAUCCAACAGUCAUUACAGCAGACGACCAAAGCGGAAGCAGGGGUGAGAUGGUUUUUGGUCCUGAUAACCUGGGGGAUGCUGCUAUCAAAGGUUUCGUGCAGAAACACUCCUGCAACCUCUGCUGCCACAGACUGGGCCUAAAAGAUUUAAGGGAGCGCCCGGGCAGCUUUGAGAGCAGCAGCGAGGACGAGCCGUUAUCGGAACAAGAAGAACGAGAUGGAGAUUAAACCGGGAUGGCACCUUUGACCGAAGAUGUAGGGGGGAUUUAGCACACCUAGUUUCUGUUUUGAAACGAUUCUAGCAUUCCUUAUUUGUUUGCAGUGUAAACAAAGCGUUAUGGGGGUGAUAUCUGACAUUUUUCUCAAGUGGCAAAUAAAUUAUUUUUUGUAAAAAUAUACAAUUUUUGAUAGGACAGCUGUGAUGUUUUAAAACUCCUAAGAAGUAUAAUU